AAGAAAUCAAUUGAUUCAAUCUUAGGUAGUUUUAUGCUGCCAGAAUGCACAUUCUUUGGUCCAAGGUUGAAAAUUCUGCAGGCUCUGAACAAGAAAGCUCUUCAGGUAGCCCUUAGAAAGGAUGUCGUAAGUCAGGACAGUAAUUAUUCUAUUUACAGGUUUCAGUCGUUUGAUUCAGUUGAAGAAAUAUGGAAGAGACAUUAAGGCAGGGAGAAGGUUUCAUAUCUUCAGAUCUUUUGCUUCGGAUAAAAGGCUUUACCAUACUUCUUCUUUGCUUCUUUUUGUGUCCUAACUUAGUAAUAACAUCCACUGAGUUUGACACUAUAGAUACAACUCGAUCAAUUAAAGAUGGUGAGACCAUAGUUUCGGCUGGUGGAGUCUUUGAAGUAGGAUUUUUUAGCCCGAGUGUUACCAACAAAAGGUACUUGGGAAUAUGGUAUAAGAAAUCUAACACGACUGUUGUCUGGGUGGCCAACAGAGAAGUACCCCUCAAUGAUUCUUCAGGAGUUCUAAAAGUUACCAACCAAGGAAUUCUUAUCCUUCUUGACAACAAUGGGAGCACUGUUUGGUCUUCCAACUCAUCAACAUCUGCUCGUAGGCCGGUUGCACAGAUCUUGGAUUCAGGUAACUUUGUUGUUAAAGAUGAGACUGAUGGUAACCCUCAAAACUUCAUGUGGCAGAGCUUUGAUUAUCCUUGUGAUACAUUCCUACCAAACAUGAAGAUUGGAAAGGACUUGGUAACAGGUCUGGAUCGUUACUUAUCAUCAUGGAAGGAAACCAACGAUCCUUUUCGGGGUAAUUUUACCUAUGGAUUUGAUCUUGAUGGAUUUCCAGAGUGGGUUCUAAGAGAGGGUUCGAUAAAGAGAAUGCGCCGUGGCCCUUGGAAUGGUCUGAGGUUUAGUGGGGUAACUGGUCUCACACCAAACUCUGUUUAUGGAUUUGAAUUUGUUUUCAAUGAGAAAGAGAUAUACUUCAGCUGGAACCUUUAUAACAGCUCCUCUCUUUCGAGGGUAUUGCUCCUUCCCAAUGGAAAUAUACAGAGAUUCACAUGGAUUGAUGAAGCCCAAAAUUGGGUACUUCACCUUCCACCAUAUCUAGAUACUUGUGACAGUUAUGCAUUAUGUGGUGUAAAUGGCAAUUGCAACAAUAACAAUGACAACUCCCCCGCAUGCAAUUGCUUAAAAGGAUUUGAGCCAAAAAUUAAAGAAGAAUGGGAAGUGGUACCUGGGUUGGGUGGAUGUGUGAGAAAGACCCCGCUAAAUUGUAAGGAUGAUGGAUUUCUGAAGUACACUGGACUAAAGUUACCGGACGCAAGUGAAUCCUGGUUUAACUAUAGUAUGAACCUGGAGGAGUGCAAGAACCACUGCAUAAAGAACUGCAACUGCACAGCUUAUACUAAUUUGGAUGUAAGAGGAGAAGGAAGUGGGUGUUUGAUUUGGUUCAAUGAUCUGAUUGAUAUUAGACAGGUGACUGAAAAUGAUCAAGCAAUUUAUAUAAGAAUGGCUGCAGCAGAACUUGAUCAAAUUGACAGUAAGAAGACAAAGGCUGAAUCCAAUGCGAAGAAAAAUAGAGUGAUAAUUGGUGUCAGCAUUGCAUUGCCUACUACAAUUCUGAUCCUAGGCUUGGUUCUGUUUUUUUGGAGGAAGAAACACCAUGAACGAGGAUUUUUUAAAUGCAUUUGUGGAAGCAGUUCUAAUAAUGAAAAUCAGAGGGAAGAUCCUGAAGUACCAUUAUUUGACAUGGCCACACUUGUCCAUGCAACCAAAAAUUUUUCCAUCAAGAAUAAACUUGGAGAAGGCGGUUUUGGAUCUGUCUUCAAGGGUAUGCUGAAGGAUGGAAGAGAAAUAGCAGUAAAGAGGCUAUCAGAGAAUUCGAGACAAGGUCUUAGUGAGUUCAAAAAUGAAGUAGUUCAUAUUGCAAAGCUGCAGCACCGAAAUUUAGUGAAGCUUCUUGGAUGCUGCGUUGAAGGAGAUGAAAAGAUGUUGAUCUAUGAAUUCAUGCCUAACAAAAGCCUGAACUUCUUUCUUUUUGAUCAGGCUCAAAGCUUGUCACUGGAUUGGCCUAAGCGCUACAACAUCAUCAAUGGUAUUGCUCGUGGACUCCUUUAUCUCCAUCAAGAUUCAAGGCAAAGAAUAAUUCACAGAGAUCUGAAAACAGGUAAUAUAUUACUGGACAGUCAACUGAACCCAAAAAUUUCAGACUUUGGCCUUGCUAGAAGUUUUGGGGAAAAUGUCACCAAAGAAAAGACAAAGAACGUGGUGGGAACAUAUGGUUACAUGUCUCCGGAGUAUGCAAUUGAUGGGCUCUACUCGAUUAAAUCUGAUGUUUUUAGCUUUGGUGUGUUGGUGCUAGAGAUUGUUAGUGGGAAAAGGAAUAGAGGAUUCUCUCAUCCGGAUCACCACCAUAACCUCCUUGGGCAUGCAUGGAAGCUAUAUGCUGAAGGCAAACCCUUGCAACUGAUUGCUGCACCAAUUAGAGACACCUGCAAUCUAUCUGAAGUUCUGAGAUCAAUUCAUAUAGGUCUACUAUGCGUGCAACAAAAUCCUGAAGAUAGGCCAAGGAUGUCAACUGUGGUCCUGAUGCUAGGUGGCGAAAGUCCUCUACCUCAGCCUAAACAACCAGGUUUUUUCAAUGAAAGGGAUCUAAGUGAAGCUAAAUCCUCAUCAAGCAAUCAGAAACCAUGUUCGUAUGAUGAACUCACCAUUACACUAAUGGAGGGAAGAUAACUGACAUUUUUUUCUCAUCUUAACCUUUUCCUUCUGUUUUCACAUUCAUGUCUUAGUGACAAAAAUACAGAUGUAACAUCUAAUGCUUCAAUGUGCAGUUUAAAGAUUCAAAAGUGAAGAAUAGGAAUGAGUGAGAGUAUUCUAUUCGAAAACAGUUGCAAUGAUCUCCCAAUACUCCUAGAAUUAGCAUUGUAAUUCCAAGUACUCUGCAAUCUUGAGUUGAG